GUUUCCCUUAUCAUCAAAGACCAAUGUUUGCUAGCUUUAUAUAUAAAAACAGUGAAAUGAUUUAUUUUUCUUUUUUUUUCUAAAAACAAAAGAAAAAAAUUCACUAUAUAUUUUCUUUCUUUUAUUGAUUCUUCAACAACAAACAACAACGUCUUGUCACUCCAUUCAUUUUUUUUUUUGAGUCUCACAAAACACUUCUCACCUCCGCCGUUUCCCACCACCACCACCACCACCCAAUCAGCCACCGCCGUCAAUCCAUCCGAUCAGACAGUAUCAUAUUCCCCAUGAAGAAAUAAAAAUAAUUAUGACAACAUCCAUUUCUUCAUUUCUUUUUAUUAUAAUAUAUGAUGCUUCUUAAAUCUGAGUUCUUCCUCAUCUUCUGCUUAUUCCUUCAUCCCAAAUUACUACAAGAAGAACCCUUAACCUAAGGGCUUUUAGUAAUGGUUGACUAAACCAAAACCAACCCACUUUAGGGUUUUCAUUGUUUUUGAGUACUUGAUUUAGGGUUGAGCUCUUUCCUCUCUUUUCUUUCUUUCUUUCUUUCUUUUUUUUUUUUUUUGGUGAAGUUUCUGCAAGAAUGGAAGAAUAUGGUAAUCAGCUGGGAGAAAACAGUGGAGGAGGAAGAGGAGGCGGAGGCGGAGGCAGCUUCUUGUACGGAGGCGGCGGCGGACCGGUGUUAGCGCCGCCGAGUUCAUCUGUAUAUGCAAGAACAAGCAGCGGGUCAAACGGUCAACAGAAUCAACUUCCGAUGAACAGUACUGCUUUCCAGCUUCAUUCCGGCGAGUGUUACGAUCAAUCCGACGGCCAAAACCACCACCCGACGGUUAAAACCGAAGCGGGUUCUUCUCAUCAUCAUCAUCAUCAUCAAGGACAGAAGUUUCACUACCCUUCUAUAAUCCGAACUCAUCAUCAUCAUCAACAUUUACAACAACAAAGAGAUGAAAAUGAAAGCGGAAAUAAUGGAAAUUCAGAUGAAGCCGAUGCUAUUAAAGCUAAGAUAGUUGCUCACCCUCAAUAUUCCGACCUUUUGGAUGCUUAUAUGGAUUGCCAGAAGGUGGGAGCUCCGCCGGAGGUGGUGGCGCGGCUUACAGCAGUCCGGCAGGAGUUCUUGGCGAGGCAGCGAGCUUCCAUGGCCGGGAGAGACAUCUCUAAAGAUCCAGAACUUGACCAGUUUAUGGAAGCUUAUUAUGAUAUGUUGGUGAAAUAUCGAGAUGAACUUUCGAGGCCAUUACAAGAAGCUAUGGAGUUCAUGCGAAGAGUCGAAUCUCAGCUAAAUAUGCUUGGAAAUGGUCCCGUCCGGAUCUUCAACAAUGAUGAGAAAUGUGAGGGUGUUGGAUCAUCUGAGGAGGACCAAGAUAACAGUGGUGGGGAAACAGAACUUCCUGAGAUAGAUCCCCGAGCAGAAGACCGGGAACUGAAGAACCACUUACUGAGGAAGUAUAGUGGAUAUUUGAGUAGUCUCAAACAAGAACUUUCAAAGAAAAAGAAGAAAGGCAAACUCCCCAAAGAUGCUCGACAAAAGCUUCUUAGCUGGUGGGAAUUACACUACAAAUGGCCAUAUCCUUCGGAGACGGAGAAGGUGGCUUUGGCUGAAUCAACUGGACUAGACCAGAAACAGAUCAAUAAUUGGUUCAUAAACCAAAGGAAAAGACACUGGAAGCCUUCUGAAGACAUGCAAUUCAUGGUUAUGGAUGGACUUCAUCCGCAGGCUACUGCCCUCUAUAUGGAAGGUCACUACAUGGGUGAGGGUCCUUACAGGUUGGGGCCGUGAAUGACUGGCGGCAUUUUGGACAAGUUUUUCAGCCAAUAAGGGAUGUACAUUUCCAUGGCUCCUUGUGAAAUUUGGUUAUUAGUGUGUGUCGAAAGGCGGAGCUCUAUAUUACUUUUGAUGGAACACAAGUAGAAACUUUCCUUGUGUGGAGACGGUAUGUUUUGGAACCUGAAAGAAUGUUCAAGUAAGGGUUGCAUGAUUUAGCUUUGCGUAAUGAUUGUUUGAAAGUUUUCAAUGAAGCUGCUAUCAUGUAAUGAUCAGGUCAUCCAAAAAUACCAGUCUCUUUUAGACUUUUUCAUAUGCGUUUUGCCUCCAAAAGAGGGGCCUACUAUGAUUUAUCUCAUUGACUAUGGUUUUGUAAUAUGUAUAGAACUGAUUAAGCAUUUGACUUUUCAAGGUUGAUCAGACGCUAAGAAUCUGUGUUGUUUUUGUGACAAAUUGUGAGAAUGUGAUAAGUACUAUUAUUAUGUGCAUGCUUUGUUAGAAUUUUGCUAAUAUUCUUGAAGAAUAAAAAUAUUUAUCCAG